AACAAUACGUAAAUACUAUGGCGCUAAGUUAUUUAUCAGAAAGUGAAGCGCCUCGAGAUUUUCGCAUAUCUUCCACAGAGAGUGAUGGACACUAUACUAAAUGCCUGUUGUGUUACACUGUGAAGCGGAAUUUCUAUUGCCCAGAAUGCAUCAAAACUGGAAGCUUUGUACAUUCUUCGAUGCCUUAUUCAGACAGAUAUGCAGAAAAACAGGCUAAGUUACUUAGAUUAAAAGUAAAUAGGAAACAUGUAUUAGAGAGAUGUGAAAAGUUGCUAUCUACUAAAAUAAAAAAGGAUAAGCUUGUGACUGAGGCAAAACAGUCUCGGGACAAAUUAGACUUACUGAGAUUAGCAAUCGAGCAACGAAAGAGCAACAUAGAGGAAAAGAAAAAGGAGCUCACGGACUUGAAACAGCACAACCAUGACUUAAGUUUAAAACUACCGAGAUACCAGAAACGUGUGUCGUUGCUAGGGAAGCAUGCCCAAGACCAACGGAUUGAACUGCAAUCAAAAAUCAACACAUACAGUGAGCAAGCCGAUGUGCUGGCGGCAUUAAGACGCUGCAGAAUAAGGCAACUCACUAAAUACAUAUUCCCAGUUUACAUUAGUUAUGACACAAGUGACAGCUUAGAAGACAUGGAGUUUGUGGGUGAUACUGAUGAGGAGGAGCCACCCAAAAGGCCACAGCUUCAUAUUGUUAACUCGUGGAUAAGCACGGAUGGAGAUUUCUCUCAUUUGCAAGCUUGGAAUCAGAAUAAAGAAGCCGGUAGCCUGGCGUGCGGCGCUAAUAAUCCGGCGCAUCGCACGCAGGCGGCGCUGGGGCUCGCCGCGCAACUCGCCGCGCUACUGGCCUGGACGCUGGACGCGCGUCUACCGCAUGCCAUCACACUCAGCGAGUACUGCAACUGGCGGUUGUCGCGCAGCGGGGUAUCGGGGCGGGUGCGGCGCCUGCAGAGCGCAUGCGCCGCGCUGUCACGACGCGCCGGCGCCCCGCCCCCCGCCCGGCCCCUCGCCGCGCUAGCACUCGCCGCCCGCGCCGCGCUCGCCGACGACCCCGCGCUCGGACGGGUGGAGGGGUGGGUAAACGAGUCAGCAUGGGGAGUGUGUGCGGGCCCGGGGGUGGCGGGGGUGGCGUGGGAGGCGGGGGAGGCGGGGGAGGGCUCCGGGUGGGAGGAGUGGGAGCCCGACCACGAUGAUGCGGAGCCCGAGCAUCUCAACUGGCCCGACCAGCUCGACGAGAUAGAGGAGCUGGGCGUGACCCCGCCCGGGGCGCCGCCUGCCUCGCUCGUCACCUCGGCGGCCGCCUCGCUCGCCUCGCUGUGGCGGGGCUGGGCCAAGUAGCGUACACUACACUACCACACCACACCACACACUACACGCUCGUCACCUCGGCGGCCGCCUCGCUCGCCUCGCUGUGGCG